AUGCCCACAUCCGAGAAGACACGCAUCUUUAUAACUGGUAGUACUGGUUAUAUUGGUGGAUCUGUUCUGUCCGCACUGCUGUUCGACCCUAGAUCCAAUUCAUUCCAGAUAACUGCUCUCAUUCGCUCUGCUAACAAAAUUGCACCGCUCAAUAGUGUCGGAGUCGAAGCUGUCUUGGGGUCCAACAGUGAUUUUGAAAAGCUCACAGCACACGCUAGCGAUGCGGAUGUAGUCUUUUCUUGCGCUGACGCCGAUGACCUUCAUGCAAUUAGAGCAAUCCUCUUGGGACUGAAAAAGAGACACGAGCAGACUAACACAGUCCCCAUUCUCAUCCACACUUCUGGAACUGGUUUGCUGAUAGACAAUGCCGAUGGGAACUAUGCUACUGACAAGAUCUAUUCCGACCUUGACAUCCCGAUGAUUGAGGCGCUACCCAAGACGCAACCUCAUCGUGCAGUUGACCUUGAAGUCGUUGCUGCUGGUGAACAAGGUUACGUGCGGACAUACAUCAUUUUGCCUUCGACGAUAUAUGGCAUCGCGAACACAUCAUUGGUCGCGCUCGGCGUUCAGAAUCCGCAUUCUCAGCAAAUUCCUAAUCUCAUCAAAGCCGGUAUUGACAGAAAACAGGGUGGAGUCGUCGGGAAAGGCCUGAAUCUAUGGCCUAACGUUCAUAUCAACGACAUAGGGACGCUCUACACAUCCGUUUUCGAUGCUGCGAUGAAGGGGCCAGACGCAGCAGGACAUGGUCGCGAGGGCUUUUAUUUCGGCGCAAAUGGGGAACAUCGUGUGGGCAGGAUCUCCGAGAUCGUGGCGGAGGCGUUGUAUGAGAUGAAGCUGGGCAAGAGUCCGGAGCCCACGGUCUUCACGGACGAAGAGGUGCAGAAGUACUUGGGGGGUCGUUAUCAUGGAUCGAACUCCCGUGUGCGCGCGGAACGUGCUAAAUUGAUUGGGUGGAAGCCUGUGCAUACUGUCGACAGCCUUUGGGGAAGUAUCAAGCCAGAGACCGAGGUCAUAGUAGAGAGGCAAAACGCCUGGCUCGGGGGUUGCAGAAAGUAA